AUGCAGCGAGUAUUCAGUCAUGGUCUUCCACUCAACCCCCUCCCCUCCUUUCUCCAGUUCAACCCCACUCUCAUCCAUGCAGAGGAGCUUUCCCCCGUGCCGGUUCAUCCCCACGAUCCCGGCGUCGUGCCGGUUAUCCCCACCUGCAGCGAGUAUUCAGUCAUGGCACUGCGCAAGUACGGGGAGAUUUCCCCCUGGAUCCCAGCCUCGUGUCGGUUCGUCCCCACAUGCAGCGAGUAUUCAGUCAUGGCACUGCGCAAAUACGGUCUUCUGAGAGGCGGGAUUCUGACUGCAUGGAGGUUGUUACGAUGUAACCCUUUUGGUCCAUCAGGCUAUGAUCCUCCGCAUUGGUUUGGGGAGCCUCCCCCGCCUUCUGUAUAA